UUUUAUAAGGUGAAAGAUUAAAUGUUAGUUUUUAUCCCCUAAACUCUAUAUAACGUACCCCAAGUUCUCUCCCCAAGUUCUCUCGUAAGUCACCGCUCUCACGCAAAGUAUCGUAGAUAUUGAAUCAUGUCGGACCCUAGAUAUCAAGUUUACCCUAACUGUGCAGGUGAUUCCUACGCUCUCACGGCAAAGGUAGAGGAUCAAACGGUGGUUCUUCGAAAGUUUGAACCAAGUGAUCCAAACCAGACUUGGCACAGAGACGAAAAUAAAGAAAAGGGCACCUUUGCAUUAGUUAACAGACACAUCAACCAAGCGGUAAAAGCCCCCGACAAACAAGGCCAGCCUCUGCGUUUAGUUUCUGUUGAAGGAAAAAGUAAAGAGAGCUUGCCGCAGUGGAGAGAGGUGGGAUUGAGUGAUGGAUUCGUCUCUGUAAAGCCUGUUAGUAACCCUACUGAUAUGUGUUGGACAGCCUUCGAUGAUAAUGGCGUGGAUGAUGCCGUUGUUGGAUAUAAGAAAUUUGAACAGGGAAAAGGAAACCAGGAGUGGAAGUUUAAAAGCUUUUAAUAAUGCAGUGCAGGAUAUAUAUGACAGAUGGUUUGAACAACAAAUUCUCUAGAAGUUGUUGGAUUGUGCCUAUAUCCGAAUAAAGAUGUGGAAGCUAGCUCGCUGCCUCACCAUGCGUGAUUUAUCUUUCCUCUAUGGUUGUCAGACGUUAAGCUGUUUCCCCUUUCGUUUUGUCUUGUCAUGGCCAGAAUUAUCAUAUUCUGUAGCCGCUGUUCCUAUGAUCAUGUUAGAACUUUUAUCUAUGCCUAUGGACGGUGAUAUUUCAGCUAUCAAAUAAAGAAAUGUUGCUUUUAGCUAGCUGUUUUCUUCGACUAAGAAUAAUUAACCGUCCGAAUACUGUCGGUUAGUAAAACAAGAUUUUACUC